GAGUGUGUCAAUAACAGUUUCUCAGCCACAGAACCUCUUCCACCAGCACAGUCCACAUAUUUUCAGUUCAGUAGUGUGCCACAGCAAAGGCUAAUAUCUGCAGAUUCUGAUAGAGGUAUUUCAAACAAGAGAAAAAGAGGUAUGGAAGAGACUGAAGAACAAGAGGGCCAAUGGAGUUUUCCCACAGAUGGGUUUGAUCAGUCUGGUUCUAGAUACACGACACCUAAAUCAGGCCUGUAUGGAGACUCUUAUUUUAUGGAUGGGUCUCACAACCUUGGUGAUCCCUGGUCUACCAUUCCCAACCUACCUUCAUCCUCGUACUCUUAUACACCCUCAGUGACAGCAAAUGGCAGUUCCCAUCUUCCUUCACCACCUUCAGCCUUUAAUGGUAUCCAUCUUCCAUCAGAUAGUCUGGGAUAUCCUGGUAUUUUGCCUGUUGAUGAUCCAUCAGUUAUUUCACAAAGUCUUCCGCCCAUGUCCAGUUUUCGGGGCUCAACCAGUCACACCCCAACAGAAACACAUUCAGUAACUUCACCAGAUCAGUUAGUAGCACAACCAUCAAACCAAACAGAGGAUGCACUCGGCAAAGCUCUGGCCUCAAUAUAUUCAGCAGAACAUACUAGUAGUAGUUUCUCAUCUACCCCGUGUACACCUGUUAGUUCCCCACCACCACUCUCAGGUGUAGCACAAUGGUCUCGUGGAAACAGCUCUCAAAACCUUCCUCCUUCAUCGUAUCCAGAUAGUACCAUGCAUCAACUGCAAGGUAGAGAAGAGGAAAGACUUGACGAUGCCAUUCAAGUUCUGUUAAACAGUAGGGAACAGGUUGAGACAAGGGGAGUCAUGGAAGAGAGGUUAGAUGAUGCGAUCAACAUUCUAAGGAACCAUGCAGAAGGCAUUGGGUUUCAUGGCAUGCACCCUGGUGGCCCACUUAACAACCCAGUCAUGAACCUUCCAGCAACUGGUGGACAUUCCAAUGGACUAAUUGGACCAGUUGGAACACAUGCAUAUCUUGGGACAGCUUCAGGUCUUGCACCCCUUGAGCCCCAUAAUCCCAGCCCUCAGUCCCUUACAAAUACGUCACUCAAAAACAGAACUGCAGUACCACAUGGCACAACCCCAUCUCCCAUACCCCAGCACAAUGUUCUUCCACCAGACAUCAGUUCACGGGUCAAGGUUGAGAAACUCAAGGACAGAUACAAAGAUUCUCACUCAAAUUUGAGUAGUUCAUCACAGGGUCAAACUAAAUUGAGAGGAAUGGGAGGCUCAGACACAACUGUGACCACUUCAUCAUCCCAUACAAAAGGAACAAAACGUUCUCACUCAAGGUUGUGUAUCACAAGUGUGAAAGACACUGUGAUGACAGAAGAGUUAGACAUGAACUCGGAUGAUGAUGAACCUCCUGAAGUAAAAGCUGAAAAAGAUAAGGAAAGAAGACAGGCAAACAAUGCUAGAGAAAGAAUUCGAGUUAAAGAUAUCAAUGAAGCAUUUAAGGAACUGGGUAGGAUGUGUAUGAUGCACUUGAAGGGAGACAAGGCCCAGACCAAACUGAAUAUUCUCCACCAAGCUGUUGAAGUGAUAACGGCACUAGAACAACAAGUUAGAGAACGAAACCUCAAUCCAAAGGCAGCAUGUUUAAAAAGGAGAGAAGAAGAAAAAACAGGUGAAGAAUCCAACAUGAUAGCACAUAGCCUUCCACCCCAACCUGAUCUUGAUCCCCUCUCUCACCAGUGACCAUAAUGUUCUUCAGUGGUUUCAUCGAUUCUGAGCCACAGGAAGAUCAGGACAGUUCAUAUGUUGACUGGGUGCAUUUGUACAGAACCCUUGGUAUAAGCUUGUUCUGUGCUUCCUCUAAGUGAAUUCAUUCACCUCACAGUUGCUUCUCCAGGUGUUUGAAAUCUUCCAACGAAACAAAGACUACAAUUUCAAUUUCAUUCCUGUUGAUCAUUAAGCGAGCUGUGAGGGACCAACCCCAGUGUUUUGGGUUGUGCACCAAGAAAUGACAAACUUCUUAGUAUUCCUCUCUGUUAGGAAAGCCAAAUUAUGAGCACUGAUAUCAGCACUUUAUGCUUGUACUAAGAAAGAGAGAGUGGUGUGAAACAGAAACAUUCAUUGGCAACUUAUUUGGAUAAAAAUGGUUUGGUGGCCAAAGUAUAAAAUUUUGAGUUUGUCACAUUUAGUUAUUGCUCAUUACAAUUUUAAUUAUUUACACUAUAUUUUAUUAGACUAAAAUGGGAUCAUUUGUUUUAAAUUAUAUCCUCUUUCUUAUUUUUAGGCUAGAAAUAACAAUAGAUAAUUUCUUCUGAUAAUCACAUUUGGGAUAAUGGUCUACAGUAAGUUUGUACAUGUAGUGAUAGGUUUAAUAUUUGUUGAACUUUUUUAUUGGUUAAAUUACCAAAUAGCUAAUGUUACAAGAAGAAGAAAAAAUCAUGUUUUAAGAUUCCAAACUCUCACCAGGAGUUGAUAGUUUGAUUAUACUAACUUUUUUGUAUAUGUACUUAAGUGUAGGCCCCUGGUGACUGUUUAUAGUUUUCUUAGGUCAGUAGGUUUUUAUUGUUUGAGUUACACCAAUAAUUUAAUGUUCAGUAUUAAGAUAGAUGUAUAAAUAAGCUCAUUGCUGUCCCAGUUCUUGCAUUUACAUUUAGGUGGUUUACACCUUUUGGCAGCAAUCGGCACAGAAUUUAUGCUUUUACAAAAAUGUAAGACCAGUUAUUUUUGAGUAGAUUUUAUUUAUAAACUGUUUGAUACCCUUUGGUGCAAGAGUUUUAUGGAAAUUUAAGUAUUAUUCUGUGCAGGUUUCCUUAUUUUUUCUGCUGUCUCGAUGAUUUAAGUGCACUUUUGUUUUUAAUACAAAGUGUGAAAAUGUUGUAGGAAAUGAAUCUAUUUUAAAUUUUUUCAUGUUAUUAAAGACUUGUGUGUUGAUAUUUUACCACAGUAUUUUUGUACUGUACUACAGGAGGGAUAAACAUGUUACAUAUACCUGCAAAAUGUACAGUUUCCAUGAGCUUUUCAUUGCUGAACCUACUGCAUUGUGUUCUGAUACCCGUAAAAGGAAAUAAAAGGUGCCAUUUCCUUGACUGUCACACUUUUUAUGCAUCAGUUCAUUUUGCAAACUUCGUUCAUAAGUGGAAGCCAAAUAAAGGGACAAAGGUUUAUGUUAAA